AUGACUGAAGACGUUGAAUCACAAAUCGACGAGGAUCAAGUCAUUGAACUUUCUAAAGUCAAUAACAUCACUUACGAUGAUCCACACGAAUGGCCAAAAAGAAAAAAGUAUUUUGUUCUUUCAGUGAUAUCGGUUACUGGAACGAUAGCUCCUUUAACAAGCUCGAUAUUUUUCCCUGUGUUACAAGUAAUAAAAAAAGCAUUUCAUACAACCGACAUGACUGUAAAUUCAUUAGUGUUUGUUUGUGCAUCGAUAUCAUGCGCUGUGUCGCCAAACAUCUGGCUACUUAUUAUUAUGAGAGCAUUGCAGGCGUGUGGAUCAUCGGCAGCAAUGAGUGUUGGAGCCGGAACGCUAAGUGACAUGUACAAAGUCGAAGAACGCGGAACCGCAUAUGGUUUUUUAUUCUUGGGAGUAUUGCUUGGUCCACUUUUGGGCCCACUUCUUGGUGGAUAUAUUGAUAAAUUUUUUGGAUGGAGGUGGAUUUUGUGGUUCCUUGCCAUAUUUGGAACAAUUUUAUUCAUUCUCAUAUGUUUUUUACCAGAAACAUAUAGAGAUACACGCAAGCUGGAAAAAUUAAACAAACGACAAGAACGCGAAAAAAAUAGUGAUAACAAAGUGGAGGAUAAUAAUAGCAAACAACCAGUGACUUGUAUUAUUGAACCCACGAAUACUAGUACUAAUGAAAUAGAAAAACUGAACGACCGUAAUAAGGAAAGAAAAAGCCAAAUUAGUAUUGAUAUUUCCCUUGCUAUAUCUACUGUAUCUACAGAUCCUAUGGCUUCAUCAUCUCCAAUAUCACCUAGUACUACCCUUACCGUUUCACCCCCCACAUCUCCUACUACCCUUGUUUCUUCAAAUCCAACUUCCCCCACCACUCUCUUUAAUCCAAUGUUACCAAUUGGUGCUUCUCCUUCUUCAAUUUCAUCUGUGCCUCAAAUCGAGAAUGGCUCCAACAAGUUUAUAUCUUUCUUACUUUUUCCACUGUCUCCUCUUCUACUUCUCCGCUACCCAAACUUACUGUUAAUAAUAACAAAUAAUUCCGUGAUUGUUGCAACGCUGUAUAUGCAGAACACGCUCGUAUCAGCAACAUUUCAAAAUCGCCAUUAUUUCCUUUCACCCUCUGCAACUGGGCUUGUACUUAUGUCUAGCGCAGCUGGGCUCAUGGUUGGAAAGAUGAGACUAAAGAGUGCGUGGUUUGGUAUCAUCAUCUUACCAUUAUCGUUUACCGCCUAUGGCUGGUGUGUAGAAAACGAGGUGUUUAUUGUAUGGCCUUUGAUUUCUAUGUUUUUUGGAGGAUUGGGCAUCCUUGUAUGUAAUACCUGCACCUCAACAUACUUGGUCGAUGCAUUUCCUGGACAGUCAGCGUCAGUAAUUUCAGUGUACGCGUGUAUCCGAUAUAUAGUUGCUGCUUUAGUGUCUUUCCUGGCUGCUCCAAUGGAAAAUGCGCUUGGUGAUGGAUGGACGUUUACGACGCUAGCGUUUCUCAAUAUUAUUGGAGGCGGUGCGUUGGUACUUACUUAUUACAAGGGUAGAAAAUGGAGAGAAGAUUUAGAAAAGGUAGUUGAUAAAGUUAUAGAAUAG